AUGGACACCAUGAACGUCACGCCCAAGGCGGGCAUGCAGGCCUCGCCGAAAAUCACAAAGACGAAGCAGCCCAUGGCUUCCAGCACCAUAACACGGAUUGCCUAUGGCUGCAACCACCUGGAAUCGCUUUUCAAGGAAGUUAAGAAACACUCCAUUACCAACUACACGCUCCUCCAAGAGGUCAUCCACAAUCGACAUAGCCUCAUAGCCCAGACGCCCAAGGCCCGAGCGGACGGACGGGUCUCCAUAUGCCUUACGCCGACGUACCUCUGCCUACAAUGCCCCAGUGUACACACGCCGGAAGCGCGCGAGAAGCACUGGGAGACGAAACGACACUGUUUCUCGGUGGAGUCACGGUCCGGCUGUCUCUACUGCAGCGAAUGUCACGACUUCGUCUACGAUCCCCUUCUCGAAGACAUCCGGUUACAAAGGGGAAAGAAGCGGAAAUCAGACGACCUCAGCAACCCCGAAGAUGCUCGACUGGUCGCCUUACAAGCAUCUUUCAUCCCCUGCCGCGCCAUCGGUCUCCGCGGCCUCUACAACAUGGGCCAGACGUGCUUCAUGAGCGUCAUACUACAGAGUCUCGUCCACAACCCCUUCAUAAGAGCCUACUACCUGAGCGAGGGGCAUAGAACAGCGGAUUGCGAGAAGGAGUCCUGCACCAGCUGCGCCCUGGACGAGAUAUUCAUAGAAUACUACUCGUCCGAGAAGACCGAGGGCUACGGCGCCGUCAGCAUGCUCAUGGCCAGUUGGAUGGGCGCGCAGGCACUGGCAGGCUACCAGCAGCAAGACGCGCACGAAUACAUGCAAUUCAUCCUGCACGCGCUCCACUCCGAGAACGGCGGGACCUCCGACUCCUCCCCAUCCUCCACCUCCUGCCCCUGCAUAAUCCACCAGACCUUCUACGGCCACCUCACGAGCACCGUAACCUGCGACAAAUGCCACAACGUCACCACCGCCAUCGAUCCAAUCAUGGACCUCAGCCUGGACCUUCGCAGCCAGACCAAGCGGCGCAAACUCGACGCCGCGGACCCGACCAAGAGCGCAGACAUCGAGCUCAAGGAGUGUCUCGACAGGUUUACGGCGCGCGAGAAGUUGCCGGCCGCGGAGUAUACGUGCCAGAAGUGCGAGGGCGGACAGCACGCCGCGACGAAGCAGCUGAGUGUAAAGACGCUGCCGCCCGUUUUGUGCAUCCACCUGAAGCGGUUCGAGCACUCGAAAGCUGCGUCGUUGAAGAUUGAGACAAAUGUUAGGUUUCCGCUGCAGUUGGACAUGUGGCCGUACACCACGCGGGCGAAGAGCGCGGCGGCGGCGGCGGAAAGCAAGAAGGGGGUUGUGAACGCGGAAUCCGCGCCAAGCUGUGUCUAUGAGCUUUCGAGCGUUGUGGUGCACAAGGGAAAGCUGGAUUCGGGACACUAUAUCUCGUACUCGAGGGAGGGGAGCGAGUGGUUCCAGUUUGAUGAUAGUAAGGUCAUACUGGCUUCUGAGGCAGAGGUGUUGGCGGCGAAUGCGUACCUGCUUUUUUAUAUUGUGCGGGAGCUGGACUAG